AGACGAACACCUUGGCGCCCACAGACCUGUUGGCUGGUCGGUCGGUUCAGCUGGACUGUUACACCUUAGUUGGAGGAUUCCGGACUGAAUGACAACGCAAACAGGAAAACUGGAUGAAGUCUAGAUGAAAGGGGACUGGUUCAGAUAAAUGGAUCCAAAACUCAAACAUGGACCCUCAGACAGAAGAAUUCAUAACCACAGACCUUCCCAAGCAUCUAGCAGUCUUUCUAUGAAGAGUGACAAUUCCAAACGAUCAAACCCAUACUUCAGUAAUGAACAUGAACCAUCAGACCCAAAAAUUCAUAACCACAGACCUUCCCAAGCAUCUAGCAGUCUUUCUAUGAAGAGUGACAAUUCCAAACGAUCAAACCCAUACUUCAGUAAUGAACAUGAACCAUCAGACCCAAAAAUUCAUAACUACAGACCUUCCCAUGGAUGUAGCAGUCUUUCUAUGAAGAGUGACAUUUCCAGAGAAGCCCCUCCAGACUUAAGUUCCGACCAUGAACCAUCAGAACAAAAAUGUAGGAAGAGAACUGGUGUCUGUGAUGAAAAGGCGCUUUCUUGUUGUAGUAUGUGUCAGGAGGUCACAAAGGAUCUUGUCAAAACCAACUGUGGACACUGGAAUGAGUCUGAUCCAUCAGGACCCGUCUCCUGUCCCCAGUGUGGAAAACGACCCAGAACCAAACUUUUACAAGCAGAUGUUCAUCCGCAGGAAAUUUUAGUGGAACACAAGGUCAAUCUGAGAAGGAGAUAUGAAUGUGUAACUGAAGGAAGUGAUGAAACAGGAAGUAGAACCCUCCUCAACAGAAUAUAUACUGAUCUCUACAUCACAGAGGGAUGGAGUGAAGAGGUUAAUACCCAACAUGAGGUGAAGCAGCUGGAGAGAGCUUCCAAGAUCCAGAACCUUCAUGACUCUCCAAUCAGGUGCCAUGACAUCUUUAAAUCCUUCCCUGACCAACAUGGAGCCAUCAGAGUGGUUCUUACCAAUGGCGUUGCUGGUGUUGGAAAAACCUUCUCAGUGCAGAAGUUUACUCUGGACUGGGCAGAGGGCUUGGAGAACCAAGAUGUCAGUGUGGUGGUUCUGCUUUCGUUCAGGGAGCUGAACUUGAUCAGAGAUGAGCAGCACAGUCUUCUCACGCUGCUCCAUGUUUUCCAUCCAGCCCUCCAGAAGCUCCCAGCAGAGCAGCUGGCUGUCUGCAAACUUCUCUUCAUCUUUGAUGGCCUGGAUGAAAGCAGACUUUCACUGGACUUCAACAACAGUCAGCUGGUUUCUGAUGUCACACAGAAGUCAUCAGUCAACGUUCUGCUGACAAACCUCAUCAGAGGGAACCUGCUUCCCUCAGCUCUCAUCUGGAUAACUACCAGACCUGCAGCAGCCAAUCAGAUCCCUCCUUCAUGUGUUUCCAGGGCAACAGAAGUACGAGGCUUCACCGAUGCCCAGAAGAAGGAGUAUUUCAGGAAGAGGUUCAGUGAUGAAGAGCUGUCCAGCAGAAUCAUCUCCCACAUCAAGACCUCCAGGAGCCUCCACAUCAUGUGUGGAAUCCCAGUCUUCUGCUGGAUCACUGCUACAGUUCUGGAGAACAUGUUGACCUCAGAGCAGAGAGGAGAGCUGCCAAAAACCAUGACUGACAUGUACUCACACUUCCUGCUGGUCCAGACAAAGAGGAAGAAGAACAAGUACCAUGGAGGAGAUGCAAGGACCUCACAGGAGCUGUUGAAGGCAGACAGAGAAGUUCUUCUGAAGCUGGGGAGGCUGGCGUUUGAACAUCUGGAGAAAGGAAACAUCAUGUUCUACCAAGAAGAUCUGGAGCAGUGUGGUCUGGAUGUCAGAGAGGCCUCAGUGCACUCAGGAGUUUGUACAGAGAUCUUCAAAAGAGAGAGUGUGAUCUUCCAGAAACCAGUCUACUGCUUUGUUCACUUGAGUAUCCAAGAGUUCCUAGCUGCUGUCUACUGUUACACCCAAAGAAACACUGAGUUGCUAAGAAGCUUUCUGGGACAAAACAAAUCAAAAUCUCUGGAUGACUUCCUGAACCAAAUCAUGGUGAAAUCCCUCAGCAGCAAAAAUGGCCACCUGGACCUGUUUGUUCGCUUCCUUCAUGGUCUCACUGUGGAGUCCAACCAGAACCUUCUAGGAUCCCUGGUGGGUCAGAGAAAGACUGGUCCAACAACUCGUCAAAAAAUCCUCAAAAAUUUGGAGAAGAUGAACACUGAUAGAAUUUCUCCGGACAGAAGCAUCAACAUCUUCCACUGUCAGAUGGAGAUGAAUGACCUCUCUGUUUAUCAGGAGAUCCAAAAGCUUCUGAAAUCCAAGAAGAGAUCAGAGAAGAAGCUCUCAGAGAUCCAGUGCUCAGCUCUUGCCUUCAUGCUGCAGAUGUCAGAGGAGGUUAUGGAUGAGUUGGACCUGAAAAAGUACAACACCUCAUACGAGGGGCGUCUGAGACUGAUUCCAGCUGUAAGGAACUGCAGAAAGGCUCGAUUUGUCAGAUGUGAAUUAUCAGAGACCCAUUGUGAGGUUGUGGCUUCAUCUUUGAGGGCCAACCCCUCCCAUCUGACUGAACUGGACCUGAGUUGCAACAAACUGGGAGACUAUGGAGUGAAGCUUCUGUGUGACGGACUGGAGAGUUCAAACUGUAAGCUAGAAAUCUUGAGAUUGGCAGACUGCAGUUUGUCUGAGACCAGUUGUGUUUCUCUGGUCUCGACUAAGAAGUCCAACCUCUCCUAUCUGACAGAAUUGGAUAUAAGUAAGAACAAACUAACUGAUGAUGUUGUGAAGAAGCUUUGCAUUUUCCUGAAGAACAACAAACUAAAGACUCUUAGAUUGUGGGGCUGCAGUUUGUCAGAGCGCAGCUGUGCACUUCUUGGUUCAGCUCUAAAGUCGAUCCCGUCACAACUGACAGAACUGGACCUGAGUCAGAACAAAGACCUGGGAAAUGCUGGAGUGAAUGAGCUGUUUGGCUUUCUAAAGAGUCCGCUCUGUAAACUAAGGAUAUUAAAAUUGAGGAACUGCAGGUUAUCAGAGAUCAGCUGUUCUUCUCUGGCCUCAGCUCUGAAGUCCAACCCCUCCCAUCUGACCGAACUGGACCUCAGUGACAACAAAGACCUGAAAGAUGCUGGAGUGAAGGAGCUCUGUGGUUUCCUACAAAUGUCUGUCUGCAAGCUACAGACAUUGAAAUUGUGGCGCUGCAGUUUGUCAGAGAUCAGCUGUUCUUCUCUGACCUCAGCUCUGAAGUCCAACCCGUCUCAUCUGACACUACUAGACCUGAGUCAGAACAACCUGGAGGAUCCAGAUGUUCAACAGCUGAAGGGUCUUGUAAAUACUUUAAAGAAGUGAUCAGAAGUCGAGGUGUGUCCUGAUGAUCCUCAGAGGUUGAUACCACAGCAGUUUGAAAAUAUGAAAAAUGUAUCUGUGACCUGGUCUGAAAUUAUUAAAGAUUUAUGGUGGUGAAAGGGGAAAAAAAGUUUAAUUUUCAUUAUGCUUUCAUAAGAUAAUAAAGAUAAUAACCUCCAGAGAAAAAGUGUAACAUUUUAUUUUUAACUCAUUGCUCCAAAUAUAAGAAUGAAUCACAGUCAGUAAUUGAUUUUUGACCUUGUCAAGGCUACAACACCAACAUCCAACAUAUUACACUGAGCUGUUUGUUUUCAGCAAAUAUAGCAUAUGGUUAGUUUUUCACCUUCAGAAAAUCUGGAAAUAUUAGGAAAAACGGGCAUAAAAAAAAUUGAAUCUGAAAAACUACUGUUUGCUAUAUAAUGUUGAAAAGAUCAACGUUGUAGGAUUUGGUUCUAAUGUCUAAGUGGAACCAAAUUAGACAGAUUCUUAUUUCAGUUUUUAAGAGGUACAAUUUUGGGACGUAAAAGUAAAAAAAUGUAUAAUCAUUUUAACAUUGACAAGCAUCAAAGAGUCAGACUCUGAACUGAGUUGAAACAUUAUUAUCCUAUUUAUUUUCUCAUGUCUGUCAUUUAGUCUAAUAUUGUUUUUCUCUUUGGAUCAAUAAAGAUUUAAUUCAUUCUAAGACCCUUUAGUGAAGUUUUGAUCUGAACUUGUUUCAACUGUAAAGUUUAUCUCUUUUUCUCAGUGAUUCAUUUUCAUUCUGUAACCCAGAAAUAUGAAAUAAAGCUCAAUUCAACA